AGAAGAUGGUUGAGAGGGAAAAAGGUAAGAAGAUCUUUAUGCAGAGGUGUGCACAGUGUCACACUGUUGAAUUAAACGGCAAGCACAAAACUGGACCAAAUCUAAAUGGCCUCUUCGGCCGCCAAACUGGUCAGGCUUCUGGCUAUAUUUACACUUAUGCCAACAAGGCCAAGAGUAUCACGUGGGACAAAGAUAAUCUGGAUAUCUACUUGACCAACCCCAAGAAAUUUAUUCCAGGCACAAAGAUGGUGUUCGUUGGUCUUAAGAAGAAGAAUGAGCGUGCAGACUUGAUUGCUUACCUGGAAACCUCCACCAAGUAGA